GUGUGAGAGUGAGUGGAGGACUGAAAAAGUGUGUGAAGAAAGAGAGGCUCCUUUCUAACGUUAAUUUCUGUCAAAGAAGUAACAGAGCACCGCGGCGGAGUCAUGUCGAACAGCGACGAGGAUGCAGUUGAGACGGAGUAAGCAGCUGCCGGACAGUUAGCCGAACAACUUGUUAGAGAAGAGAGAAAACGGCUUCAGUGGCUGGCUCGAGUCGGGACGGUUGGCCGUUUUCCGCCGCAACUUGAACAGACCUCAACGCUACCGGACGAGAGCGAGGAGGACCCAAACGCGGUCCUCGGCGGAGAGAACAAGCCCUUUCGGUCGGUGUGGUUGUUUGGCAGAGGUACCGGGGGAAACGGACCGAGAGAGCGCGGCGGCUCGAGAGAAGAGAGAGAGAGAGAGCCGCUAAAGCAAGCAGCUACAAAAGUUUGCGGUGUAUCUUCACCUAGUUUUCCAGAUUGGAAACAAGAGCGGGAGGAAGAGGCCGAGAGACUGACUUUUCUUUCCACAAGCAACUUGGUGGAAUUCUUCCAGUUUAGCAAACUUUAGCAGCCCUGCCAGUUUGGCUAAAGCAGAGAGAAUGAAAACACCUGGAGAUAGUGGGUUCGCCUUCCCAGAAUGGGCUUACAAGCCCGAGUCGAGCCCCGGGUCCAGACAGAUCCAGUUGUGGCACUUCAUCCUGGAACUGCUCAGGAAAGAGGAGUAUCAUGAUGUCAUCGCCUGGCAGGGGGAUUAUGGCGAGUUUGUAAUCAAGGACCCAGAUGAAGUGGCCCGGCUCUGGGGGGCCAGGAAGUGUAAACCCCAGAUGAACUAUGAUAAACUCAGCAGAGCCUUGAGAUACUACUACAACAAGAGAAUCCUUCAUAAGACCAAAGGCAAGAGGUUCACCUACAAGUUCAACUUCAAUAAACUGGUUUUGGUCAAUUACCCCUUCAUUGACAUGGGCUCCACUGGAGGCAGUGUUCCCCAGAGUGCCCCUCCGGUCCCCACCGGUGCAGGGACCCACUUCCGCUUCCCUCCUUCCACACCCUCAGAAGUCCUCUCCCCUAACGAGGACCUACGCAGCCCAGGGGGCAUGUUCAGCUCAGUGGCCCGACGAAUGGCGCGUGGCUCCGUCAGCGAUUGCAGCGACGGCACCUCGGUUAAUUCUGAGAUUGAGGAGGGUAACACGGGAGCAGGAGAAGAGAGGGGAGAACGGGCUGUGAGCGGAGGAGGAGGAGCUGGUGGCGGAGCAGGCUACCGGAGCAUCAUCCAUCCCCGUCUGUCUCAUGAAACCCUAUUCCGCAUGUAUGGAGGGCCAGGUAACCCUGCUGGGCACCCAGGCUCCCGCGGCCACACUGGACACCGUAUCCAUCCGGAGCCUUUGUCCCCCUUCCCUGUGUCCCCUCUGCCAGGGCCGGGAGGUGCCAGCCUCUUGGCCCCUCCUCUGUCCCCAGCGCUCUCCAUGACCCCCACAUCUCACCUGCCCUACACUCCCUCACCCACUCUGUCACCCAUGUUAGGCUCACACUUCUCCUUCAACCCAGAGGACAUGAAGCGCUACCUGCAGGCCCAUACCCAGUCGGUGUACAACUAUGGCCUCAGCCCCAGAGCUUUCCUCCAGUACCCCAACAUUGUCAUCCCUCAGCCCCACCGGCCUGCCGCAGACAAGGCCAGUCUGACUGCAGAGAGGGGAGCAACCGAGAGAGCAGAAAGAGCCACGACAGCUGGGGGAGGAGAAAGAGGAGGAGACAGGCACCACCAUCCACCUCUUGCUCACUCCACCCACCACCACCCGCAUCUUCCUCACUCUGCCCACCCUCACUCGCAUUCCCAUCCCAUACAUCACCCACUGCACUUGGGUGAGGAGCCCCCACACAUGUCUCCUUUUAAGUUCAAGCUGCAGCCACCUCCACUGGGCAGGAAGCAGAGGGAAGGGCAAAGCCAGAGUAAACCCAGGCAAAGCUCACUGUCUUCAGGUUCAGGAUCCGGGUCCAUGUCCUCUACCUCCGGCCUGGGAUCCUCGCUAUCAUUCGGCAGUGACCUGAGCUCAGCCAGUGGCUCAGGUCUUAUCUCUGCCUCCUCCUCAACGCAGUCUCUAAACAGUGCCGGGCUACCCAAGAUAAAGGUGGAGCCCAUCUCUGAUAUAGAGUCUGAGGAAGAGGUGGAGGUAACUGACAUUAGUGAUGAAGACCCAGAUGAAAGAGAUGAGGAGUUUGAGCUCUUUUCUCCUCGACACUUCAGAGCGUCUAACCACCACCAUCACCACCACCACCACCAUGUUAACGGCACAGCCACAACUCAGCAUCAACCCCAUCCUGACGAAGACCUGGACGAGGACGUCUUCAAAGCCCCCGCUCCACCUCCGCCUGGCCUCAUGCCUUUCUUCACCUCGCAGCACACACAGUCCAAUGCACACCGUGGCCUGCCCAUCCUCAAGAGUGAACCCCCCGAGCCGGUUGAGAGCAACACACCCCCAUCUCAGACGGCCUCGGCGGGAGCUCCCCAGACCAAGUGCAUCCCCCUCAAGCUCCGCUUCAAGAGACGCUGGAGCGAAGACCAGCGGAUGGAGGCCUCACAGGAGGAGUCAGAUGACAAAAAAGUACGACCAGAGGAGGAGAGGGAAAGAGCGAGGCAAAGUAAUGGACAGAUGGAGAUGGAGGAGGACGGGACAGGCAGUGGAGAAGGGGAGAGUCCUCCCCCGUUGGCGUAUGAGGGCUCUUUAGCAACACCAUUGGCCUCACACAGAAUGGCAAGCGCUGAGUUGCACCGUGCCACUGCACAGCUGUCUCUAGAGAAUAAAGACUGCUGAUGAGAGCCUUAGUCUAAACACUACUGCUCCAGCAGCACAGGAUGUAGUACAGGCGUAUGUAAAUGGUUCCUCUGUAAUCCCUCUCCCACACAGACAAACUAGAUUCCCAAAACCUCCAGUGACCUGAGAGCAGAGUCCAACAUACACACAAAUAUAUCCAGCAACUUAGAGACAGCCCGACUCUUGUCAGACCCACCAAACGUCCUCUGUCUGGAUCAGGAUGCAUCGUUGGAGAGGAGGCCUCACUCACUCAGACACACCAGACACAAUGACUGUAACAGCGCUGACGUCAGACGGAGACUUGCUCUGGAACCCAAGUUCACCUCCCACCCGGCCAGUGAAGCUCCAGUAGCACAACGCCCACCUUCAGGCCCCCUCAGUAGGUUUAGCAGCCAGUCAACACUUUCUUCAGGGGACUCUCACUCCCUUACAGCCCAGCAGCACAUCUAGGAUGACAAUGUGGACACCCAUGCCACUUUUCCUACAAGACAACGGGACUUCAAGUGCCUGUUUCUAAAAACCCACAGCUUGUCGCUGCAGUGACAUGGAAAAAUGAGGGAGGAGGGCGACUCUGAGUGAUCGUUAACUCAUGAAGCCCUUUUGAAAAAACAAUGGGAUAAAAAUGAAAUUGUCUUGAAGACUGAAGCGUGGAGCUGUUGGAUAUUGUCUGACUGACUCUUAAACCUGGCCCACUCCACUCAGGGAAGCCUAUUGCUGUAUGUCUAUUGGAUCAUGCACACAAAUACACACAAGCAAAAAAAAAAAAGAAAAAGCCCAACCAACAGUGAAUGGGACUGGUGGACUUUGGACGCUCAACCGUGUUCACUGCAAGACAAGACCAUCCGAACUGAACUCGACAUACUGUUCUCUCAGAGCUUAUGACUUUUAUGUAAUCUUCCUUCUGUCUCUAUCCAGUCCUGACCCUCUUUCUCUUGCGGACCACCUGUGGAAAUAGCAUGACUCUACUCACAGAAAACAAUUUUAACCCCAGGGAGGAGGGAGGAGAGGAAAAGACGAGGAUGAAGAGGAUCUGCGAAGGGGACCAUAAAGGGGAAGGCUGCAGGGGGAAGAAGGGUUUGUGGGGUUUAAGCAACUGUUAACUCGCCAUUUUACCUCACCUAACAUGGCUUGUACACUGAAAAAAAAAACAAAAGACGUUUCCCUCAAGUCUCAGCAGCACAGAAUCGUAGUUCACCAGCUAGAGCUCGUCUAACAAUCAUAGAUAAUGUUAAACUAAACCAGCAAACGCCCCCAUCGUGUGCACAGAACUGCCUUUAGCUCUUAAACAUGCUCCCUCUCCCUCAGACUGGACCGCCGGCUCUCCGUGUAGUGGUGUCACCCUCAGGACCUUAGAGUGUGUUUGACUGGCGGACCUGUCAUCUACAUAAGUAUGAGAGCCUGAGAGAGCAGGGGGCAACUUAGACACACACACACACACACACACACACACACACCUACCUACACACACACACAUGCACACACACGCACUGCCUUUCUAUGCCUUGUUUUUCUAGCAUGUACAAAAGUGCAAACUGAGCUCUAAUAUCUCACAGACUAUAUCUUUAUAUACUUUAAAUAAAAUUAUUAAAGAAAAGUUACAUUUUAAAAGAAUCAUAGCAUUUUAACGACGUUAAUGAUUCAGGAUUUUUUGUAAGUGGAUUAUUUGGAGUGGUAACACAUGUCAUGCCACUCACUACGUAAUAUGGUAUUGUGGGUGGGUGGGCAGAAUGAAGAGGGGUGGAGGUCUGAGUUUUUCUGCUGCAUUUGUUUCAUAGAUAAACAAGCCAGUGAAAAACAGCGUAGGCCAGUCUAGCAGAACAAGACCAGCAAAAGGAAAAAAAAAAAAAAAGAUUCAGGACUCGAACAGACUGCUAAUGAUUCCAGUGUG